GUCGCUAAAACACGAGCCGCGGCGGUCCAGCCCUGCUCACAACAACAAACGCGCUUUGCACGGCGGGGUAGAGACGCCGAGAGGGGGAACGAAAGAACUUUAACGUGUAGUUUUGUCAGCAAAGACCUCGGUAAGGUUACGAGUUUUUACUUUUUUUUUUUUAAUUUUGUGGAUAAGACGAUUUUAAAAGGGAGGGAGAAAAAAAAAAAAAAGAGAGAGCCCCAGUCGCGUCCAGAUUUUCCCGGCAGACUUUACAGAGCAGAGCAGCUGUCCCCAGACGGUCCCCUCCAACGUACAUGUCUGGGAGAUCAGAGAGACGAGGAAAGAAUGAAGAUCUGUUCACCGGUGUGAUUUCCUGGGAUGCUCGACCGGCCUGUACCCCCUGCUUUUCUAAGGCCUCCAGAAGCUGAAGACAGGGUGUCAUUGACAGAGCGAGUGACCCCUCUGAGCUGCCAGUAUGGCCCUGGUUCAGGCUCUGCCCAUAUCUGCUGAGCCCCACAACCCAGGACUCAGUGGAGGAGCCCGUAGACGACACCCCUCCGGCCCUUCACCCCCCAUCAACGGACCACUACCCUCCACUCUGGAUCCUAUGGGCUCUGUCAGCAGCCUCAUAGCCGCCCGCCCCGGCCCCUACCAGGACCACCGCUCUGGUGUUGAGCUGGGAGCAAGAGUCCGACGACCCACGCCAGGCGCUUCCUGUCUCGGCAGUGAGUCCCCCCAGGACCCCUUAUUGCAGAGCAUCCCGCCACUCAAGAAACAGAGCUCCACAGCCUUCGAAAGGGGGCUGGAGAAGGAGAGUGGGAACGGGAACUACACUUAUCUGAAUGAGGACUAUGUUGGAGACUGGAAUGACAACCAUGUAACACCUGCAAGCCCGGGGAGUGACGCAGACGAGACUAAAGAAGGAUCAGGGCUGAAUGGGAAUAUGGGGGGACCUCCUCCAAAACUGAUCCCUGUGUCAGGAAAACUUGAGAAGAACAUGGAGAAAACAGUGCUGCGGCCCACUGCCUUCAAACCUGUCAUUCCCAAGAGCCGCACCUCCAUGCAGUACCUCUCCCCUCGCCAUUGUGCCAACGUAUCAGAGAGCCAAAACAACCUGAACCUGCUCAGCCCCACCCACAGAGAGGCAUCGCCGUCCUGCUCCGAGAAACGCAUCUCGUACAGCGGGGCCCGUAACAGUGGCGGCAGCAGCCAGUCCUGCUCCCUGUCCGACUCUGGACGUAACUCCCUCUCCAGCCUGCCGCCUUACAGCAGCGCUGGCUACAGCCUGGCGCCAGGAGAGGCUUCUGCUGGCCACCUGGAGCCCAUGAAGAGCGCUCCACCAGUCAGUGCACAUGGACACUCCAACUCAGACAGCGGGCGGUCAUCCUCCAGUAAGAGCACAGGCUCCGGGUCAAUAAGUGGCCGAGGGCAGCCUCUGUCUGACAGCGGGUCCAGCGGGCGUUCCCCUGGGCCUGUGGAGGGUUAUGAAGGGGUGGUGAGGGACCUGGAGGACAAACUGAGGGAGAGAGAACUGGAGCUGCAGCAACUCAGAGACAACCUGGAUGAGAAUGAAGCUGCAAUUUGUCAGGUGGGUAGAUACUGCAGAAAUUCCAAACAUCUUUUAACGACUCGACAUUUGUUUUGUACUGUAAAUUCUAAUGGAUUCGCGCUUGGUCGUUGUCUCCUGUUCUGUCUUGUCUCGCAGGUUUAUGAGGAGAAGCAGAAGCGCUUUGAAUUGGAGCUGGAGGAGCUGAGGCAGAGCUGUGCCACCAGGAUGCAGGUAGCCUCGCAGAAGGCCCAGCGCGCUCAGCAGGUGCUUCAGUUGCAGGUUUAUCAGCUCCAGCAGGAGAAGAAGAAGCUGCAGGAGGACUUUGCUCAGCUUCUGAAGGAGAGGGAGCAGCUAGAGGAGCGCUGCACCUCCUAUGAGCACGAGAAGAUCCAGCUGGGGCCGCGGCUGGAGGAGACAAAGUGGGAGGUCUGUCAGAAGUCGGGGGAAAUUUCGUUGCUGAAGCAGCAGCUGAAGGAGGUGCAGGGAGAGUUGGCUCAGCGCGUGGGGGAGAUUGUUUCACUGCGAGGUCAACUCAGAGAGACUCGUGGCGAGUUAACAAACACCCAGGUCCUGCUCCAGGAGGCUCACGGCACAACCCGCACACGAACCCUGGAGCUGGAGGUGUGUGAAAAUGAGCUUCAGCGUCGCAAGAGCGAAGCGGAGCUGCUCAGAGAAAAGGUAGGACGUCUUGAGGGAGAGUUGGCCCAUCUCCGAGAUGCUUUGGCCAAUCCGGGCCCAGGAAACAGGCAGUGUCAGGUGUUCCAGGAAGCAGAGGAGCACCUGCUCGCCUAUGAAAGUGAUGAGGCAAAGGCCCAGCGGCAGAGCAGCACCGAUGCCCUGCAGAACAUGAAGGUGCAGAUGGACAGGAUGAGGGCCGAGCUGGCCUUCGAGCGUCAGCGGGCCGAGCAGCAAAUGGGGAGUUUCGAGGAGGAGCGCAGGAUAUGGCAGGAGGAGAAGGACAAGGUGAUCCGCUACCAGAAGCAGCUGCAGCAGAACUAUGUGCAGAUGUAUCGCAGGAACCGCGAACUGGAGCAGCUCCUGCAGGAUCUCAGUCAAGAACUGGAGAGCAGAGAGGACGACGAGGGCAGUGGCAACGAGAUAAACUUUGACGAGAUCGCUGCCACAGAAAUCUGACCCUUGUUUCUCUCCAUCUUUUGGUUUGCACUACUGUCAGCGAAAUCUCUUUCACCUACAUGUCACAGAUCCGGUCUCUUUUUGCCAUCCAGAUGGAAACACUGAGAUGCUGAGAUGACAAACCAGCAGAUCGGUAUCACAAAUGGGAAAAAAAAUCAUCUGCAGUGUAAAAAAAGAAAGAAAAAAAGAAAAAGAUCAGCCACACUUGAGCUCUGCCUCGGUCUGUUCUCCGGGGGCUCCCACUUUAAAGAGUUAGUCGGCCUACUAAGGACUAACUCUUAGUCCUUAGUAGGCCACCUCAGUCCUCUGCCCCUCCGUUUAUGUCUGCGUUAGUGUUUGCACUAGCUAGACAUCAGUGUCCCGGCCCUUUUUUUUUCCACAGUUUGAGUUUAGUAUUGUGGGAGAUUUUUGUGUAUGAGUAACUUCACCAACCUUUACACCAUCCUCCUCCGGUAUUGAUGCUGACUCCACCUCCCCUGCUGGGUUUAGCACUGCUCCCACGCCGUGUUAACAGUCAGCUCUCAUUAGUACUGAUAAUUUAGAUGGAGCCCACACUGUUGUCAAAUGACAGUGAACGUGGGAUCCCACAUAUUCGGCGUGUUAUAAAAGUCAGUGAAUCAGAUCGAGGUGCUAAUGACGUUGGCUUCACUCUGAGUGAUGUGGAAAGAAUUACGUUUUUUUUUUUGUUUUUUUUCCCCUCAGAGCUACAAGCGUUCAUGUAAACUGACCAAGACGUAAACAGCAGAUGUUUCUAAAAUAUGUCUUCUUCCUUUUCACAGGAGUAGCAAGAAGGAUUAAGUUUGGACAAACACCAAAACCCCCAAAACAAUAAUUUUCCAACCAUAUACGGCACAGAUUUGAUGUUUUUGUAACUGUGUGAACACACAGAAUUAGAAGCUUAUUUACUCUAAUAUUAAGUCCAGUUUGAGCAAAACAAAGUUUAAAAUGUUCUCUCACAUCCUGGACACUUUGCGCCAAAUUAAUACCGGGGGGGGCAGGCAGAAAUAGCAUCAAGAACAUCUGUACAGUCUAAUGUAAUUAAACAGAGUAACACACCUGGAACAAAUACUACCAUAACACCUGGCAUCCAGUGCACAUGUCAGCUUUUCUCUUGCAGGUCUGAGUCACCUUUAAAAAAAA